CAUCAACAAAAACGUUUCGUAAUACCGUGAGCUACUAAUUUCUCACAUCUUUGUUCAAUUCGCUUUACGUAUAAACUCCCUUAUGGUGAUAUAAAGCGAAUUGCAUUCUUUCUUUAUCUUACACACAAUACUCGCCUCUCUAUACGCGUCUCUCUUCCUCCCGUAUGUGAAAUAUCAUUGGCUAACACAUGCGAUCUCUCUUUUACCCCCACUUCUGGUUUGUUAGCAACUUUUAGUCAUCAAGCGCUAACGUAGGAUACGGGCUUCUAUGGGACUUCUGAAUUCUUUGUAAUGGGUAAGAAAAAUAAAUCCAAUGGAUCACUCGGUAGAGCGUUAAUUAAGGAUCGAUUUGGCUCUGUAAAGUCUAGAAGAAAUACUGGUGAUUGUGCGAUUCAUACCACUGAGAUUAAUGAUGGAUACGAUUGGGGUCGUCUUAACCUACGAUCGGUCACCGAGGAGAACUCAUUUGAAGAGUUCCUAUCCACUGCACAGCUUGCUGGAACUGAAUUUCAUGCUGAGAAGCUGAAUAUUAAAUUUGUUAAUCCAAAUACCUACAUUGGACUUACGCCUGAGGAAAAAGCUAAUAUUUUACAAUUGCAUGAAAAUAAUCAAUCCUUGCUUAAAAUUCCACGAAGGCCACAAUGGAAUAAAUCAAUGAGUGCUCAGGAAUUGCAAGCUAAAGAGAGCACAGAAUUUUUGCAAUGGAAGAGGCAGCUAGCUUUGGCUCAGGAAACUGAAGGGCUUGUAUUGACACCAUAUGAAAAGAAUUUAGAAUUCUGGAGGCAAUUAUGGAGAGUGAUUGAACGUAGUGAUGUCAUUGUACAAAUUGUAGAUGCUCGUAAUCCUUUACUCUUUCGAUGCAAAGAUUUAGAACAGUACGUUAAAGAAGUUGAUCCCAGAAAAACUAACAUGGUUCUCUUAAAUAAAGCAGAUCUGUUAACCAAUGAACAACGGCAAGCCUGGGCUGAAUACUUCACAGAAAUGAACGUUAAAGUUGCUUUUUUCUCUGCAAUGCUGGCAGCAGAAAAACCAGAUGAGAAAAGUGAUAUUUUUGAGAAUGAUAAUGAUAAUGAUACAACUGACUCCUGUGAAACAAGUGAAGAAACACCAUAUUAUUCUGAAUGUGAUUCUAAUUCAGAAUAUGAAAGUGCAGAUGACACAGUAAUUGACACAAAUGUUGAUCUUAUGGAAAAAGGAAAGAUUUCUGAUGCAGAAGAAUGCCUAUCCCCUCAAUGGAAAGAAAACUGCAUCUCAUCAAAGGAGCAUGAGUUAGAUAAAUUCGGUGGUACCAAAAUUUCAGAUGAGAUGUAUGAUGAAAGUACAGGUUCAGAUCCUGGUUCAAAUUCAUCCAAAUUAUUAUCACGAGACGAGUUACUAGACAUCUUUAGAAAGAUGCAUAAAAAUAAAAGUGAUAAUGAAGCAACCACUACAAUUGGUUUGGUAGGUUAUCCAAAUGUUGGCAAGAGUUCAACGAUUAAUGCUUUGAUAAUGGAUAAGAAGGUAUCAGUAUCUGCUACUCCUGGCAAAACAAAACAUUUUCAAACUUUAUACGUCACCAAGGAUCUACUUCUCUGUGACUGUCCUGGAUUAGUGAUGCCAACCUUUGUUUGCACAAAGGCAGAAAUGGUUCUAAAUGGCAUAUUGCCCAUAGAUCAAUUACAAGACCAUGUACCAGCAAUUUCAUUGCUGUGCUCACAGAUUCCACGACAUGUUCUGGAAGAUCGAUAUGGAAUUAUGAUUCCAGAGCCAAUGGAAGGAGAAGAUUCAAACAGACCUCCUACCUCAGAAGAAUUGUUAAAUGCAUAUGGACUUAGCCGAGGGUUCAUGACUCAAAACGGACAACCAGACAAUCCACGUUCGGCACGCUAUGUGUUGAAAGACUAUGUAACGGGUAGACUUCUCUAUUGCACGGCACCUCCAAAUAGAGAACAGUCAGAAUUCCACAAGUUUCCACCUAAACGAAAAAUUUCCCUCCAAAACAAAGAACAAACAGACAAUGCUAGUCGGUCAACUGGAAGAAGGAAAACGGUAACCAACACCAUCGAUGAGAUCUUCUUCCGUAAAUGUUCAACAGGUGUUCACGCCAAAGGAAUACUCGGGAAAUCAAAUUCCAUUUGUUAUAACAACUCGAUAAAUUCUUUUUAUAGUCAUACUGAAUUGGCGGCAGUAUCCACGCAGAGCGCAUUAGAAGGCAAACCCUGGAAGAAGAUUAACAGGCAUGCUAAUAAGAAGAAACGUGAAAAAACGAGACGACUGUAUGCUCAUCUGGAUCAACACUGACGUUUGACCCUUUCUGUAAUUUAUUUGCAUUUCCUCAGUGCGAAUCUUGUGAGGGUAAUUCCAUUGAUCAUAUUAUAUUUUCUUUUAUGAAUUCUUAGCAUUUGCAAUUAUUCACAUUCUUGUACAGUCUGCUGACUUUCGAGAUUACCAAGGGCCAAUAUAAAUAGUAUACUUUCUUCAUUUACCAUGA